ACAACUGGUAGGUACAGUUACCCUUUCAUUUUUCUUGUUGGAAUGAGUCGCACAUAAAGAUUGACUCGCAUGAAUUUUCAGACAGAAUUUUAAACUCAAAUCAAUUUUUUUUUUAUUUCUUUCUUUUCUUUAAAGCGAACAAAAAAAAAAAAAAAAGACGAGUUUGGUUUCUUUGAUUGGAUCCGCUGCCUCUCAAAAACCAAAUUGCAAUUGCAAAGUCGAGUUCCCUUUCUCCGUUAGGUAAAGCUUUGUUAUUUUCUUCUUUUGGUGUUACAUUUUAUCAACAACAAGAAGGCCGCCGGCCAGUGUUGAACCCAUCGCCUGUAGAUUCUGAAAUCAAUUGAAUUCGCUUCGAUUAGAUCAGAUCGGAUCUCCUAAUACAAGCAUAGACUUGAUCCGCUGCUACGUUUCUCUUUCUCUACGUAGAUGCUGGUUUCUGCUUAAGGGGAUCGAAAUUAUAAACUAUGGGAGAUUGGGUCAUUGGAGCAUUCAUCAACCUCUUUGGCAGUAUUGCCAUCAACUUUGGGACAAACCUUCUUAAAUUAGGUCAUAAUGAGAGGGAAAGACAUUCCAUGAUGGAUGGUGAAGGAAUGGCUGGAAAGGUUCCAUUAAAGCCUAUCAUAUACUUCCAAACAUGGAGAGUUGGUAUUCUAUUUUUCAUUAUUGGAAAUUGUCUAAACUUCAUUUCCUUUGGUUAUGCUGCUCAGUCACUUCUUGCAGCCUUGGGAUCUGUUCAGUUUAUAUCCAACAUUGCAUUUGCUUACUUCGUCUUAAACAAAAUGGUCACUGUAAAGGUACUAGCAGCCACUGCAUUUAUUGUUCUUGGAAAUUUUUUUCUUGUCGCAUUCAGCAACCAUCAGUCUCCUGUCUAUACACCGGAACAGUUGGCGGAGAAAUACAGCAAUAUAACAUUCCUUCUUUACUGUCUGAUUUUAAUCUUAGUUGUUGCACUACAUCACUAUAUCUACAGGAGAGGGGAAAUUGUCCUUUCUGUUUCUGGACAAGACCUUAGACCAUAUUGGAACAUGCUGCUUCCUUUUUCAUAUGCUGUAGUUUCAGGCGCUGUAGGAUCAUGCUCAGUGUUAUUUGCAAAAUCUCUCUCUAACCUUCUAAGGUUGGCAAUGUCCAAUGGUUAUCAGUUGCACAGCUGGUUCACAUACUCCAUGAUACUUUUAUUUCUAAGUACAGCUGGAUUUUGGAUGGCAAGGCUAAAUGAAGGGUUAUCACUCUUUGAUGCAAUCCUUAUUGUUCCCAUGUUUCAAAUUGCUUGGACCUUCUUCUCCAUUUGUACAGGAUUUAUAUAUUUCCAGGAAUAUCAGGUGUUUGAUGCGCUGAGAACAACUAUGUUCAUACUAGGAAUGGUGUCUGUGUUCGCAGGCAUUUCUUUAUUGGCACCUGAUGAGCCAAGAGGUGGUGAAGUGAAGGAUGCUUCACAUCCAACUUCUGUUUUGUCUUCCAGCAAUUCAACUGAAACAGACAGGUUCAUCUUCGAAUCUGAAGAUGCAGAAAAUAAAGAGAUGAAAUCAUUUACACAACGAAUGGUGGUGAAGGUCACAGACAUACUUGCCAAGGCAAAGACAACUUGUUCGCUAUCACUAGGUUUUGGAGAUGAUUCUAUCAACGCAUCUGCGGUUCUUGUGAUGCCUAUGAUGUCAUCAAAGAUAACAGGCUUUAGAGGAAGUGGGUUCGAUCGGAGUAGGAUAUUCUCCUUGAGAAAUUCAAGUUGGAGUAGGGUUGCAAUGGAUGAAGAGAGUGCAAAGAUGAGGUUUAAAGUGGAUGGCAUGCGGAGCUGUCGAGCGUUACAAGCGACCGCCGUUGUCAAAAGCAGCCUGCAGUUGAAGCUGAAGACAUCAACUGAAGACACAUGCAUCUCCUUGAUCAAGCAAUGCCACACGCUCAAGUCUCUUAAAGCCCUUCAUGCUUCCAUUCUCAGAUCCCUCCACCUCCAUCUCCACUCCCUCACCAACCUCAUCUCCCACUACGCUUCUCUUGGCUCCAUUUCUUACGCCUACACUCUCUUUUCCCACUGCAACUCCUUCUCCAACGAUGCCUUCCUUUGGAACGUCAUGCUGCGUGGCCUCGUCGACAAUGCCCACUACCAUCGCACCUUCCUUCUUUAUACCCGUAUGCCUUAUCUGCAUAUUGCGCCUGAUAACUUCACCUUUCCCUUUCUUCUCAAAGCUUGCGCUUCUCUCCGCAUUCUCAAUUUGGGUUCUCAGCUUCAUGCACAUGCCUUCGUAUACGGCUAUUCCUCUCACGUCUUCGUUGCUAACUCCCUCAUUUCCAUGUACGCCAAAUGCGGCCUUUUUCCUGUUUCCGAAAGAGUGUUUGAUAAAAUGCCCCAAAGAAGUAUAGUGUCGUGGAGCGCAAUGAUUGGAGCGUGCUUGCAGUGCGGUUAUCAUGAGCAAGGGUUGUUGCUAUUUACCAGGAUGUUGGAUCAAGGAAUUAAACCCAACAGGGCUUCUAUUUUAAAUGCCACAGCCUGCGUUCGGCGUGAGAACGCGGCUCAUCAUAUGCAUAGAGUCAUCAUGGAUAAUGUACUUGAUAAUGAUCACUCCGUGCAAAAUGCCACCAUGCUUAUGUUUGCUAGAUGCGGAAGAAUUGACCUUGCUAGAAGCUUAUUUGAUGGGUUCACAUACAAGGAUUUGGUUUGCUGGGCCUCAAUGAUCGACGCAUAUGCUCGGGCUGACUUGCCACUUGAAGCUUUGCUCCUCUUUAACCAAAUGAGAUUACAAUGUGUCCUUCCCGAUUCUAUUACCCUUCUUGCCGUGAUUCAAGCUUGUUCAAUACUAGCUUCUUGGCACCUUGCACGAACCCUUCAUGCCGUUAUUAUUCGUUGUUUCCUAGAGUGUCAAUUAGUGUUAGAUACUGCUGUCCUUGACCUUUACAUGAAAUGUGGGAGCUUAACGUAUGCUAGAAAAGUUUUCGAUAACAUGAAAGGAAGGAAUAUCAUCUCCUGGAGCACUAUGUUAUCCGGGUAUGGUAUGCACGGCCACGGUAAAGAAGCACUUCAUCUCUUUGAUCAAAUGAAGGCCUUAAUAAAGCCAGACCACGUCACAUUCGUAUCAAUAUUGUCAGCAUGUAGUCAUGCCGGUUUAAUUAAUGAAGGAUGGGAGUGCUUCGAUUCCAUGGUAAGAGACUUUGGGGUAACACCAACGUCCGAACAUUAUGCAUGUAUGGUUGAUCUAUUGGGCAGAGCUGGGCAGUUGAACCAGGCCCUGGAGUUCAUUGAAAAGAUGCCUGUGAGACCAGAAGCUGGUGUCUGGGGGGCACUGCUUGGAGCUUGUAGAAUUCAUUCAAAUGUAGAACUGGCAGAAAUCGCUGCCAAAUCGUUACUCAACUUGGAUGCCGAAAAUCCCGGAAGGUAUGUUCUCUUGUCCAACAUAUAUGCAUCAUUGGGAAAAAGAAGAGAAGCUUAUAGGAUUAGAAAUUUAAUGAAAAGCAGAGGUGUAAAGAAAAAAGUCGGUUGGACUAGUAUAGAGAUUAAGGGCAAGAUGUAUACGUUCGUGGCCGGGGAUAGAGCAAACCCUGAAAUGGAUCUAAUCUAUUCAGAGUUGGGUAAACUAAUGGAGAGGAUUAGACAAGAAGGGUAUAUACCAGAUGUAAGCUUUGUAUUGCAUGAUGUGGAGGGGGAGACAAAGGAGAUGAUGUUGUAUGCACACAGUGAGAAGCUGGCCAUCGUUUUUGGGCUGAUAAAGUUGGGACAUGAAAGUUCGAUUAGAAUAACAAAGAAUUUGAGGGUGUGUGGUGAUUGUCAUACGGCUACAAAGUUCAUUUCCAAGGUUACAGGAAGGGAAAUUGUGGUGAGAGAUUCCCAGAGGUUCCAUCAUUUUAUGAAUGGCACUUGUUCCUGUGGAGAUUAUUGGUGAUUAUGUUUUUGCUGUAAUUUUUUUUUAUUUUCAAUUAUUUAAUUUUUUUUAAACAAAUUUAUUAGAUUUAAAACCGAGUUAGAAAAA